UGUGUGUAUGUGAGUGUGUGUGUGUGAGAGAGAGAGAGUGUGUGUGUGUGUGAUAAAUUCAGUGAGCUAUAGAUAUUAGUGAUGAGUCAGCAUGUUGGUUUAACCCCGUGUGUACUGGACUGCUCUGAUCACCGACAGACACACACCGACCGGAGCAGCAGCACUCGUUUGAUUUGAAAUGACGACAGAACCCGAGAGCCAAUCAGAGCAGCAGGGGGCCAGUGCGGCUCCGCCCCUCGACAACCAGCUUCCUCCUGCCGACGCCCACAGCACACCUGUGAGGAAAGAGCAGGGCGGUGGAGUCGAUCAGCAGCCAGCUGAGGACGACGGUACGUCUCACUGGUCCUCCUCCAGUAAACUGACCCGGUCUCCAGUCAAAAUCAGCCGGAAACCCAAGAGCAUGCAGUGCAAGGUGGCGCUGCUGGAUGGGUGCGACUACACCUGCGUGGUGGAGAAGCGUGAUAAAGGUCAGGUUCUGUUCGACAAAGUCUGCGAGCAUCUCAAUCUUCUGGAGAAAGAUUACUUCGGUAUCACAGUCCGUGAUGUGGAGAAUCAGAAGAACUGGCUGGAUCCUGCCAAAGACAUGAAGAAGCAGAUCAGAGGCGUCACCUGGAAUUUCUCAUUCAACGUGAAGUUUUACCCUCCGGAGCCGGCGCUGCUGUCUGAAGACAUCACCAGGCCAAAAGAUUCAGAGGGGGUGGAGAUCAUGUUGGGCGUGUGUUCCUCCGGGCUCCUCAUCUACCGCGACAGACUUCGCAUCAACCGCUUCGCCUGGCCCAAAGUCCUCAAGAUCUCCUACAAACGCAAUAACUUCUACGUCAAGAUCCGUCCAGGCGAGUUUGAGCAGUUUGAAAGCACGAUAGGCUUUAAACUACCCAACCACAGAGCGGCCAAGAGGCUGUGGAAGGUUUGUGUGGAGCAUCACACGUUCUUCAGGUUGGUUUCUCCAGAGACUCCGCCUAAGAAGUUCCUCACACUGGGUUCUAAGUUCCGCUACAGCGGCAGAACUCAGUGUGAUGAUGAUUGGCACCUCUCUAAUCCAAUGGUUGGUCAGGAUUCAGAGGGGGUGGAGAUCAUGUUGGGCGUGUGUUCCUCCGGGCUUCUCAUCUACCGCGACAGACUUCGCAUCAACCGCUUCGCCUGGCCCAAAGUCCUCAAGAUCUCCUACAAACGCAAUAACUUCUACAUCAAGAUCCGUCCAGGCGAAUUUGAGCAGUUUGAAAGCACGAUAGGCUUUAAACUACCCAACCACAGAGCGGCCAAGAGGCUGUGGAAGGUUUGUGUGGAGCAUCACACGUUCUUCAGGUUGGUUUCUCCAGAGACUCCGCCUAAGAAGUUCCUCACACUGGGUUCUAAGUUCCGCUACAGCGGCAGAACUCAGGCUCAGACCAGACGGGCCAGUUCCCAGAUCGUCCGUCCGGCGCCGUACUUUGAGCGUUCGACCAGCAAGCGCUACACAAUGUCACGGAGUCUGGAUGGAGCUCAGCGGACGCCAGUCAACACGGCGACAGUCAAUGUAAAUGGCACUAGACCAACAGAGAUGGGUACGGCGUUGUACGGCACAGCCAAAGGCAUUGCCAUAAGUGACCUCAUCACCACGGUAACGCCGGAGAAGAAAGUGGAGGAGACGCGUGAGGAGACGCGACCGGUGCUGGUGGAGAGUGUGUCGGUGCUGGAGGAAGAGGACGAGAUAACGAAAGCCACGGAACUGUCGCUGCCAAGCCCACUGACACCGGCCCGACAGGACACACGGACUGAUUUCACAGACACAGCUGUCGAUGGAGAAUUAACGGCCACCGAGUCGGAUCAGGAGGACGAAUCUGAAGCAAAGACGCUGGAGAUCGAGCAAACGCCAGACGAGCUGCUGAAGCAUCAGACCAACAUCAGCGAGCUGAAGCGCACGUUCCUGGAGGGAGGACCGGAGCACACGGGGCUGACCGAGUGGGAGAAGCGUCUGUCCUCGUCUCCGCUGCGGUCUCCACGUCUGGAUGAAGCGCCCAUGAUCGAGCCGCUGGAGCCGGACGAGUUGCUUCAGGUCACACAGGAAGCAGCGGUGGAGUCACAGGAAGUGACCGCAGCAGCAGCAGCAGCUCUGGAGCCGCAGGACGGUCUGACGGUUGAUGUGGAGUCUGACGGGUGGGUCAUUAUAAACAAGGUUCCUCCGUUUGAACCAGAUAAACGUCCUCCAGCCGGAGCUGAAACGGUUUCUCGUAAGAUACCAGAGAAGGUUUCCACCGUAGUAGAAGAACAACAUCCUCCAGCGGAACCAGAAAAACCCUCUUCCGUCACAUCUGAAGAGGUUCCUCCAACAAAAACAGCUUCGGAGACAUCACAGAAGGUUUCUAGCAUAGUACAGGAGAAGUUUCCUCCAGAAAGACCCUCAUCCGUCGGAGCCGAAGAGGUUUCUCCAAAGAAGACUCCUCCGAAGGUGCCAGAAAAGGUUUCUACGGUAGUCAGAGGGAAGGUUGAACCCAUAAAGGUUCCUUCUGUUGGUUCUUCAGAAGACGCUCCUCCUAAAGUACCACCAAAAGUCCCCCCGAAGGUUCCAGAGAAGAAACACAUCGCCAGCUACAGAUUCACAUCCGCCGAGCCUCCUGAAGACAAGCCCAGAUCUCAAGAAGGCUUCUCCGUUGUGUCCGAGCAGUUCAGUAAGAUGCGUCUCCGCUCUCCUGUGGAUCUCAGCGGAACGUCUCCGACGGCUCGAGUGCCUAAGCCCAGUUUCGAUGAGAUGUCUCCUGAGCUCACGGCGCUCUUGCAGUCCACUCGCAGCUGGGCUCCGUCUGCGUCUGCGUCUCCGGCUCUGAUCGUGCAGCCGCAGGCUUUACACAAGCCUUCAGAGAGUCCAGAGAGGCAUCCGGCUGAAGAAGAGGAUCAGCAGCCGCCGGCAGAGGAACCGCUGGACCAGCCUCAGUCAGGUGUGGUGAGUUUCUCCAGGACUCUGUCAGGAGACACGGACACACAGAUCCACACGGAGAUGAAGACCAUCACAUACGAGUCCCUGCAGGGUGAGACGGACGGAGACACUGAUCCUGGCGUUCUGCUGAGCGCUCAGACCAUCACAUCAGAAACCACCAGCACCACCACCACCACACACAUCACCAAGAUGGUGAAGGGCAGCAUCUCAGAAACACGGAUUGAGAAGAGAAUCGUGAUCUCAGGAGAUGCAGACAUCGAUCAUGACGAGGCUCUGGCUCAGGCCAUUAAAGAGGCUAAAGAACAACAUCCCGACAUGUCAGUGACCAAAGUGGUGGUGCAUAAAGAGACGGAGAUCACGCCGGAGGAGUGAUGCAGGAUUAACAUCAUCUUCACGCUUUCUGGAGGAACUCAUGUGUUCACGCUGUGGAAAAUGAAGUUUGCUUCAGAGAAAUCAACCACGGGAACAGCAGCAUAAACGAAAGAAUCGCAGCAAACUUCAUCAGAAUACGUCUGGAGUAACACGCACACACAUGCACACACUCACACGCUUACAGGCGCCGUCUGCCGCACUGGAUCACUGUUACUGCAUGACAAGGGAACAAUUCUGCUUUUUUGUGAGGAGACUACAGUAUAUAGACAUUUUAGUAAAUACUAUAUGAGUGCAGUGUAUAGUCAUAAAGGGACUGAAGAAUGUGUGAGAAGAAAUAUAGCAGUUACAGAUAUCUACAUUUGUUUAUCCUACUGAAUAAAAAAUAAAAUCUGAAUUAAAAAAUCCUUGCAAAGAUGUGCCAUCCACACGUGUCACCCUCAUCUCUGAUCUGAAUAUUACACAUGUUCAUUAUGAGAAUAUGAAUAUGCCACACAUGUAUGUUAGAGACGUGUUAUGUUGUUUUUACUUGAAUCAUACACCUGUUUUUGUUUCCUUUUGAAAACUGUCGCUUGUCAACAUUGAGUUUAGAGGAAUGAAACUCUCCGAGAGCUGUUGUAAUGACGACCUGAAAUAUCAAUCCCAGAGUUCUCCCUGCCCCGAGUGCCACAUCUGAGCCUUAAACUGUACAGACGAAGCCCAUGUGUGUUUAUGUCCUUGUUUGUUUUCCAAUGCAGCGUCGCCGCCCUGCUGACUGUUUCCCACGCAAGCAACUCCAAUAAAAUCUCAAUUCCAUUUCUGACAAUUUUGCAGUUUCCAUUCAUCCCUUUGAGACAUGAGU